AUGCGUUUACCUCCAGAAUUACGGUAUUUGUAUCAAUCACUAACGCCCCGAUACCCGAAAUGGCAACCGGGUAACCCUCGCCAUCGUCUAUUUUUUCCACAAUUUUGGAUGAGAGUAAUGAGACCACUGGAAAAUCGUCCGAUAAGACCGAAUUGUGUUCGAUUCGAGUGUCACAUUGAAAUGACAAAAGACGACAUUCGAAAUUAUUUAGAAAAAAUUUAUAAAAUACCCGUAUUAGAUGUAACAACAUAUAUCGAUCAAGGUAAGAUUAAUGGUUCCUCCCUCCCAUUUUCCACCUUAUUGGGAAAUGUGGAGCAAAUGUCCGAUCGUUUUCAGAUUCAUAACAGAAAUAGAACACUGAAAAAGAAAAUCAGUAUGUUUUUGCGCAGAAUAUUCUGACAUGUCCUUCCAAGCUCAAUGCAGGCUUCUCGAUUGGGGAGGAGAGCUGGGGGUACUUUUCCCUGAUGACUGACUUUCUGUUAAAAGAAGAAUUCUUUUGCGCUAUUCAUAGUAUGCUCUCUAUUGUAGCAAUUGGAUUAAUCGAGAGAGUUUGACAAAGUCCACUUUUCAACCCUUCUGUGUCGCAUAAUGGUAAAAUGUCCGUUGUACAUCUUUUAUUUUGUUUGCUUUCUUUCUGUGUAAUUUCUUUUUUCUAUUAGUUAGUUAGUAUUAGAACCGUGUCAAAUAAGGUAUAUCUUUCUAUUUCUUUCUUGAUCUAACAUACUUCAACAAGAGAGACUUCCAUCUACGAGAGGUAAAAUAGUGCAACAAGGACACUAAUAUUUUCGACAAAACUCGUCAGAUUAACGUUUUUAUUAGUUAUCCCGGUAGAAAAAAAAAACUGACUUUCUGCCCAAAUUUUCGAACCUGCUUUCUAUCAAACAACAGCUCACCCUCUCACUUCCAGAGCUAAUCGGGAACCCUAUUCGAGGGGUUCCUAAUGUACAUGGGUGAAAAUUAGGUAUGCACCAGUAUCGGUACCGGUACCAGUAAAAGUGCUCCACAAAAGUUUAAGACCUUUUUUGUUUUUGCAAUAACUCAACUUCCUUGAUAAAUACAGGCUCCGUUCUUUCGCCAAAAGAAAGCCUACGUUGAGUACUAUAAACCUUGACAAAAUGGUUAAGUUCGGCUUAAUUUGACUGAGCUAAAGCAAAAACGCGGUGUUAUACACAAUUGGAAAAUCUUACUUCCUGAGUAUUUCACGUUUCCUAAACAAGAGAAUUGCGCGAAAAAAAUUCAAAAACACAUCAUUCGAUAGAAAAGUUUACCGGCUAUCCGUUGCUGAUCAAACUUUCAGCUUUUGAGCAUGUCUUUAUCGCCAAAAACUUCUUUUAGUUAGAGCUGAUCCAAAAAAUGAAAAACCUCGAUUUCUCCGCUCUAACUAAAAGAAGU